AUGCUUUCCAUUGUCAAUUCGACAAAGUCUGCAUGGAAUGAGUUCCAGUUCCCGAAAUUUCAGGUUGAGAUCGGUGAAAUAGCCUCUACGAUUGCAUCUGUUCAGGAGCGCGACCGUUUCUCGCGGAAAAAGCUGGUUGAUGCUCUUCUUCAAUUUCGUAAUUCUGUUCCGGAGGAAGUUAGAAAGGCUGCCGCAUCAGUGUUGAAGAGCUUUCAAACAGAAGUUGACAGACUGACCAUCAGAAGUCAAAAGGCUGAGGACGCGUUUAUCCAAGUCUACCAGUGUCUUGCUGAAAUGCCAGAUCCCUCUCUGGCUCUAGCGGAGGUAGAAUCCAUAAGCAAAGAAGCCCAGUGCGCCUCAGAUCUGAAGAUUGAGAAUGCGCGACUGCGAGAGACCAUCGAGGGAUUGAAAAGGGGACUCUACGUGGGCAAAUCGGAAGCCUCUCCGUCUGAUGCAGAACCGCCUUUGCGGAAGGAUGAGGAGGAGGAAGGGAUAGUGGAGGCGGAAGAUGUGGAGGAGAAGAAGAGGAAGGGAAGAGACGCACAGGCGGAGGAGAGAUGGAAAGAGCGGGAACGGAAGUUGCAAGCCCUCCUCGAUGAAGCCAACAAUCGCUCCUCCGAAGCCGAGGCGCAGGUCAAGUAUCUAUUCGAUGCCUUGAAGGAUGCUGAAUCUCAUGCAUUUGAUCUGGAGACAGACCUUAAAGAGCUUAAAGCAGCAAAUUCCCAGCAAGUACAGACUCUCCUCGACGAGCUGGAAAAGGCCAAUGAUACGAUCGUGGCCCUGGAGGAAGCUCGAGCAGCAGAGGCUGAUGCAGAAAAGAUAAAAGAAGGUACUCAUCCCUCCAAUUGCAAAGAAACUACUGAACUCCAGAACCGCAUUGAAGAGCUGGAAUCCGAGCUUGAGGCCAAGACGGCGGAAGUUGACAAACUUAAGUCUCAGCUGCAGGAGAUGGAAACACAGUUUAAGGCGGAGAUUGCGAAUCUCCACGAGCGUCUUGAGUCGACAAAUUCGGCCCUGGUGUCAGCCAAUGAGUCUUUAGCCUCAGCUCAGGCAGAACUCCGGGGUAAAUACGAUUACGAUGAGAUUAAGAGAGAACUGGAGGUACUACGAUCAAUUGAAUUUCAACACCAGGAUGGUGACCCACUUGCAAUGAUGGAUGAACCCCUGGAAUUUCGGCUGCUCAGAAAGACUGAUCAGCUGCAAAAUAGGAUCGCCAGUAUUAGUUCGGAGAGGGACCGAAUUGAGUCUAAGUUGAUGGCCUUGCAGAAGACAAACGCCGAUAUGGCAGAGCGAGAGGCACAGCAGAAGGCGCUGAUAGCCCGACUGGAGGAGGAUCUCAAUCGGGCCAGCACGUGGCACCAUCAGAAACGGGCCAACACGUCUUCCUAUGUUGGUAACGGCGAUGAGGUGGUAGAAUCGGCCUCACCCUUGACCGACCUCCUCAUCUAUGAGCAGGAGGAGAAAAGUAUUGCAGCAGAAUCCUCCAUCCUUGACAUCGUCCAAAACCAACGCGAUCGGUUGAGGGAACAAAACCGCGAACUUGAAGAGAAUCUUCUGGCCAUGCGACAACAAUUGAUAACAUCUCAGACGGAGGUGGAGUCUCUUCGUCAGGACAACGUCAAGCUGUACGAAAAGAUAAGGUUCGUUCAGGCCUACUCGCCCUCCACCUCCUCUAGUCUAGACCGUGACGACGCGGUUCUGGCACGCUACUCCAGCGCCUACGAGGAGCGCUUAAAUCCUUUCAGGCAGUUCGGCCAGCAGGAGCGACAACGUCGCUACCAGGCCCUGUUACCGCACGAGAAGAUCAUGCACAAUCUCGGUAGAAUUAUAAUUAGCAACCGCGGUGCCCGUCUUGCAACCUUUGCCUACGUUCUGGUGAUGCACCUGCUAGUCUUUCUGGUGCUCUACAAGAUGGUUACUGCCACAGAUCCCGUCUGCCCCUCUGUCCAUGGUUCUAAGGAUGGUCGACCGGAUCAAUAG